AUGCAGACGAACCUGCACUGCGACCAGCACAGCGGCUUCCUGGUGCAGGUCGUCGGCUCGAAGCGGGUCGUGCUCGUGGGGGCGGGGCCCCCCUCCGACGUCGCGGCCAGGGAGGCGCGGAGGGCGCUGCGCUGCAGGCACUGGGGCGAUCUGCGUGCCCCCGUGAAUCGCAGGUCUUGGCACCACGACGGCCUGCCAGACGUGCCCGUGGCCGAUUGGGCGGGGCUCGCGAACGGCGGGCCUUUUGGGCCGAGCAGUUUGGGAGCGAGGAUUGGGCUGGGGCAGAUCGCGGAGGUCGAGCUGCAACCUGGGCAGGCGCUCUACAUACCCAAGGGGGUGUUCCACGAUGUGCUCUCAAGGGGCGUCGAUGGCCUGCAGUCGGACGAGACGCUGGGCCUCGUACUCAGAUGCUUCGACUGA